AGAAGAGCAUGACCCUGUACUUGCUUAAUCCAUCUUUAGCCAGCAUGAAUCGGUGCAGGUCUGCAGACUGGUACCUACCGGCUUUUGCAGUUGCAGGGUAUGCUUUACCGUCGUCCAUCCUCCCCCUCGCAGAAGGCAGAGCCCGCAGGCACCGGAGCUGUGCCCAGCCCUGGGUGAGACCCAUCGCAGCAUCCAUAGCCAUGAAUGACACGCCAGCAUCCCAACAGCUCUCACUUCCCAGGCAUUUUUCUCACUGAAACUUGUCCAAACAGGGUUCUGCUUUUGUUUUGGCUUUCCACAGGGUAUAAAUCUUGCAGGGGUGACCAUGUGAACCCUCUGCCCUGAGGAGCCCCCAGUGCUGGGAGUCGUGGAAGCAGCUGGGGAGAUGUGAGCUGUGCCCGCACUCGGGGGCUGAGGAAUCCCUGGUGUGCUGCGCUCCUGAAGCCCGUUUGCAGAGAUGUAGCAUGAACCGAUUUCGCCAAAGGCUGACCGAGGGGUGAUGCUGCCUCAUUAAGGUGUGUUUUCUUAGGAUAACAACAGUCGUGUGGAGAAAAACUCGACUUCAGCUGUAAAAUCUUACCAAUCAGUGUUAGUGAGCCAUCUCUGCCCCUGCAAACGCUGCCGCCUGCGCUCAUGGGAGAGAAGCUGCCUACUGAUAUGAGAGCAAUAAGGAGGAUGACUCCGCCCCUGAGUUUUAUUACUAGUAAUACUUUGUAGUUCGCACGCAUGGUACAGACUUGAUGGUGAAGAAACAGCACAGGGCCUUAAGCUUUUGAACAGGGAGAAAAGACAAACCCAAAGCCACUACGUCCCGAGGGAAGGGAGCCGUUCCCUCGAGCUCCGAGGAUGUAACACUGGCAAUCAAGAAGUGACUUGAAUGGCACAAAAUGGGAGGAUUUGUUGUUUUAUGUACAGGAUUGUUCCCUGAGGUGUAUGAGCAUGUUAAACGCAGUCACAGGUUAUGAUAUGCAGAUGUAAUGUUGCUGUCUUUUCGAAACUUUGUAAAAGGCUAGUUACAGUACGUGCUCUUCUGCGCCAGGCUGCCUUCGUGACAAGAAGUUUAUGACAAGGAGAAUUCCCCUUUCUGAAAGAAGUGGCUGUGAGGACGGGACAGAGCCCCAUGACCUCUCGCCGGAGCUGUCCCGCCUUCAGAUGAAUCACCCGUCCCACCACCAGCAGCAACAGAGCAGAUAGUGGCACUGAUAGCGCCGUUUCUGUGGAAAAGGUUACGUUCCUCAGAGGUUUGUGACAAGGAGGUUUAUGACAAGGAGAAUUCCCCUUUCCAAAAGAAGUGGCCGUGAGGAUGGUGCAGAGCCCCGUGACCUCUCGCCAGAGCUGUCCCACCUUCAGACGGAUCAUCCCUCCCACCGCCAGCAGCCACGGUGCAGGUAGUGGGGCUGAGAGGGCCGACAAGCGAAGAGACUCAGCGAAAAGCAAAAGGCAGAACACAGACUCCUACCAUCCCCAGACCAGUGUCUCCAUCUGCUUCACUGAACUGCAUCAGAAAAAAAUGGUCACUUCAUGAACUCCGUGUACUGAUCUGAAGAGAGAGUGAUGUUCUCAGCUGCCCUCCACAUGUGUAAGCAGGGAAUUCCCAGUCUCUCCGGCCAGCUGUGAUAUGUUUAUCUAUAUUUCCCAACUGAGUGGCUGGAGGGAGGUGGACGGAAGCACUGCUGAGCUGAAAGUGGGGUUGAGGGCAGCUCGGUUGCAGCCAGCCUGCCGAGGUAAUUAGCAGCCCAGAACAGAGGGCUUCCUCCUCUCUCCUGGAGGUCGGUAUUGUGAAGUACUCCAGGGCAACUCACCAUGACUCAGAGUGCUAUAUUUAGCCUUAAAAACAAAAGAAACAAACAGAUAAAACCCUGAGAAAAGAACCUUGAAGCCAGCACACAAUAAUCUCUUUGGGAACAAAUACGUAACUUCUAAGAAACCAGAUAGACAUGCACACAACAAUUUGUAAGACAGCUGGAGCAGUUCAUUUCUGGAUGCUUCAGACACCUGAAGAAAAAGUGGGAGGUUUCAUUCACAAAUCCUCUGGGCGCUGCUGAUGCACGGUGCUACAGACACACACGCGUCUGUCCCUGCUCCCAGACUGUCCCCGUCCAUCCCACCCCGAGUCCAAAGCCCAGGAGUGCUGCAGUGAAGGUGCUUAUACCCUUCUGACUCCGCAAACUGGAAAGCAGCCCCGUCAAAGGCUAACGGGGGCGGCUGCGGGGACCGUGGUGGUUUUGCCUGCCUUCUGGGACCUGGGAUGCGGCUCAGGAAUUUAGCUGGGGGAUGCAGGAGGAAAAAGGAGCGGGGAGAAUGCCGCAGCUCCCGCCAGCAUCCCCAGGGCUCGGGGCUCAGCGAUGGGCUCUGUCCGUGCAGCUGCGUCCAGCUUCUCUCUCAAAACGCAGGUGACAGGGUCAGCUUUCGGAAUACAGCCCUGCUGAAGGAAGGGGCUUUGAUAUGAAACCCUUGGAAACAACUCUGUCCUUACCAAAAGUGCUGAAACUGGUAUUGUUAGUAGGAUAAAUCUGGUGUCUUUGAGAGCCAAUUUUAAGCAUUCGCAGUAUGUUUUAGAGCACCCAAAAGCUACUGCAGCAAAGAACCAGGCAGGCAGCUGGCAGGGAAGCCAAAAGUGCCUCCCAACUGCAAGGGCACCGUGGCAUGGGAGAGGCAGGGCACUCCUUGGGGUGGCGGAUCCCUCCAGAGAAGCUCUUCCACAGCCGAGACAAUCACUUUAUGAUCCAGUGUUGUCGUUUUAAUCAUCACGGCAAGGAUGUUAAUUGUGCAAAACAUCUUGGCUGCACCUUUAAGCCAUGGACCUGCCCCGGGGACCGUGUGGCCUGACCAGGUGUGGGGGGCGAGUGCUUCCAAGGACAUGCUCUCCUCAGCCCUGAGCGGGACCCGUGAGCAACAGGAGGGUUUAACAACAUCCAGGCCGAGCUCAGGAGGUGCAGCCCCAGGCUGUGUGGGCUACCAAAGGCAUGAGGUCAUGUAAAAACAACCACAAGUGCUCCCAAGGCUGAGGAGGACGAUGUGCUGCUCAUGAAGAUAUGGAAGGGCUGCAGCUCACUGUAAGAGCCAACUGGGAGGGGGAGCACAGCACCCCAAAAGCUCCUCUCCAAUAGAUUUCAUUGCAUUGCUAAGGAUAAUCAGCAACUAUUAAUCUGGGCUAUAAGUUCUAGUAUUGUUGUAACCUGGCUGAAAAGCGCUGGUUGUUGUCUUUCAACCAGCCUGUCAGAGCCCGCAGUAGACUAACAAGAAAUGCUAAUUCUUAGCUCCAGUUGGAAGGUGUGCUCCCCUGGGCCCAGGGAGGUUUUGGCAACCAUCGCCAUACUCCUCCCAGAAUGGGAGUCACUUCUGAGAAGCACCCAGCUUCUGCCAGCACUGCCAGUAUUGCCAGCACCGCCGGCAUCACCAACACCACCAGCACCGUCAGCAUCGCCAAUACCACCACCACCAGCAGCACCUCCAGCGCUGCAUUCUGCUGCUGGUGGGGCGAUGUCCCCCGGGGAUGCUGAGGUCCAGGGAGCCCUGCCACAGGCAGGGGAGAAACAAAGAAUGGCAGAAACGUGCCAGGAGAGGGAAGGCAGUCAGUGAGCAGGUCGUUGUCCAGGGAGGAGUGUUUCUAAUUAGGAGAGCGUGAGGAUCCAUCCAUAAAAUUCUGCUUGCAGAGCUUCUGGCAAAAGCCACUUCCUUUAUGGCAAAAAAAAAAAAAACAACAGCAUAAAUAAAAGCAGGGAAGAAAGCUCUGACGUAGACGCAGUUACAAAACCAUUCCCGACUCCCCCACGACCCCACUGCGGCCGGGGGAGCGGCGCGCGCUGCCGAGGGGCACACCGGGGACAGGGCACGGAGAGCAGCCCGCGGGACGAGAGGGGACUUCCUGGUGACCAGGGGACUUUCUUCUUCCUGCAACUGUCCUGGGAGGGUCCAUUUCAGGAUACGGAUCUGAAGGGAACGUGAGAUGCCAAGAUAUUGAUACUGAUCUGCCCAAGCCCAGCUGGAAAGACAGCCCUUGCCUGCUGCUUCACCAAAGCUAACAGUUAAGAGCAAUGUUUUCCUUCAUCGCUACCCCACCUUCCUUUCCUCCAGCAUCCACUGCCAGCAGCUACGUCCCUCCCACCCUCUCCCGAUGACCGGCAGCACCCUCCCCAGGUCCUCUCCCCACUGCCCUGCGCUUGCCUUACGCAUCUCCUGGUGACCCUCCCCCUCCCUCCCUUCCGUCUCCGUCUCCCACCACAUGAUGCCCAUCACUCCCCUCCCCAGCACAUCCCGCUUGCCCUCCACAGAUGCCUUCCCGGCACAAGGAGCUGGCAAGGGGCUGCGUGCCUCAGCCCCAGCUUCUCCAAGCCGCUAACUCCCUGUCCGCUCUGACCACAGCCAGGAACCACGUCCCACCACCUGCCCAGCGUCCAGCCAUGGAGCUGAACCUCAUGUCCCCACCUCCUACAACACCCACGCCAACCCCCUACGGAGACGACCUGUGCGGGAUAGACGUCACCGACGUGGCCGUAGACAGUGUCACGCUGAUCAUCUGCCUCUGUGGGCUGCUGGGGAACGGCGCCGUCCUCUGGCUCCUUGGCUUCCGCAUCCACAGGAAUCCCAUCACCAUCUACAUCCUUAACCUGGCCGUCGCUGACUUCACCUUCCUCCUCUUCAUGGCCACCUCGGCACUUCUCUACAUCGUGGAGAACGUCUUCUGCUCCCCUGAUGUCCUGAAGUACCAGAGGUUGCUUCUCCUGUCCUCACUCUUCUCCUACAACAUGGGCCUAUACCUCCUGACGGCCAUCAGCAUCGAGAGGUGUUUGUCCGUCCUCUGCUCCAGCAUCUGCCGCCCCCAGUACUUGUCGGUCAUGGUGUGUGCCCUGCUCUGGGCCCUCUCCAUCACUGUCAUUGCUACAGUGACUACUCUGUGCCUGUUCCAUGAGCACGAGCACUGCCAGAAGGCUCUCAUCUCCAUGUACGUCCUCAACUUCCUUAUCUUUGCACCACCCAUGGUCAUUUCCAGCACAAUCCUCUUCAUUAAGGUCCUGUGUGGCUCCCAGCGGCGCCAAUACAAGAGGCUCUACAUCGUUAUCUUCCUCAUCGUCCUGUUUUUCCUCCUCUUUGCUCUUCCCCUCAGCAUCUGGUAUUUCCUGAAGCAGGUCAGCUACCUCACCGCCAUGCCAUCCCAGAUAUUUUACCUGCUCGCCUGCAUCAACAGCAGCAUCAAGCCCUUCAUCUACUUUUUGGUUGGGAGCUGCCGGAGGCACUGCUCCUUGGUGUCCCUCCGGGUCGCCUUCAGGAGGGUCUUUGAGGAGCCAGAAUACAACGCAGCAUGCAGCAAUGAUACUGUGAUGGAAACGCUGGCCCCGGCCUCUUGAAGCCUUCCCGCCGCUCUGCUUAACACCCCUGGCAUGGGGCUGAGGGUUUCCUUGGGUAACCGGAUCAAUAAAUGUUUGCAGUCUUUCCCCCGACGUCACCCUCUCGCGGUGCAACUCUGCCACCUGCAGAAGAGGAGAGCAGGGGCACGGCCAAGGUUGGGGUGGGGAGGGCUGCCCUGCGAGGAGCGUGUUGGAGCACGGCUCCCCUCCGCCCCGCCCGCCCAGCCCAGCCCCGAGGGCACUGCUCCCCCGAGGGGAUCGUGCCCCAGAGGACCCCGGUCCCAUCUCACACGCUGUCGGCUUUUUGGCAGUGCUGGGUUAGCGGUUGGACUCGAUGAUCUUAAGGGCCUUUUCCAACCUUAACGAUUCUAUGAUUCUCUGAUUCCAUGUACGGAAGGGAGGUAACAGCAUUUGGUGGCCUAAGCCCCUCUCCCCAUCCCGCAGCCCAGCCCGCGCAGCUCCUCCGAGCUCUGCUCCCCUCCCGCCCCCUGCAAUGCCGGCGGGGGGACCGCUGCCCCUCGGCAGGCUGUGCCCAGGCCCCGCCGCCCUCGCCUCCCGCCGGUCCCCGGUUCCUGUACCUCCCCGCUGCCUGGUGACAAUAAACAGCACGGUGCAGCCCGAGCUGCCUCGGUCCCUGCGCUUACUGCCUUCGGCUGGGUCCUGCUGCCGCCUGGGGGGUGCGGGGGGAGGCGGGGGAGACGCACACGCCGUUUGUGCUCCCCGGAGAAAAAAUGAUGCCAACUGCCCGCAGCUGGGACUGCGCCGGCACAGCCAGUGAGGCAGGAUGGGACCAGGGGUACGGCAGUGCCCCCGGCCUGUUUCAUUAGUGUCACGGCCAACAUCCCCCAAAUAGUUGGGGGUUUUUUUA